ACAGGGAAGGAGGAGAGUGGCGGGUGGAGUUUGGAUUCAAGAGAAAACUGCUUUUGUAAAGAGGAGAGAAGAAGAAAGAAGAGGAGAAGUGUUCUUUUUGUGUUCAUUUUUGUUGUUCUGCGGUGCAACAUGUGUUUAAGUUUGGUGAUGCUGCUACUCUGGGUCUCCCAAACUAAGACUUCAAGAGUUUGGGACCAACGGGAAGCAGGUGAGCUGUGUUUAUUUUCUCUCCAUCACUGCUAUAACGUUCCCACCUGUGCUCACUGCAACUGGUCUGCUCUGUCAAAUAAUACAGAUGCAUUCAUAUGAAGCCUCUGCAAUUGAGCUUUGCAUGCAAGUACUUGAAAUAUCUCAAAAAUAUCUGCCUUUUUUUCGUUUGUUCUUAAACUCAUUUUCUUAUGGUAGCUUCAUGCUACUGUUGCUAUUUUAAUCCACCAUAAACCACAGAACUGCAGCAGAGCUCUUUAUGGGGCAACAAGUGGGCACACCAUACGCAAAGAAGCGACUGACCUAGUUUACAACAAAGUCCACAAUUAACAUACCCUCUUCCACAAGCAUGCGACUGAGUCUAAACAAGAAGCCACAAACAGCCAUGUCUCAGGUUUAAAAUUAGACAUAGACUUGGUUUUUCUUCUUGCUACCCAUUAGACUCUGGCAGAGAAAUUAAAGCGCUGUUGGGUUUAGUCUUUUACAUAAUUCUUGACAAUAGGAUUUGGGGAUUUGUUGGAGGAGUGCCCUGGACUUUCUUUGUUCUUUUCUUUGUUCUUGUCUGUUUUUGUGGAAUUUGGUCACUUUAUAUUUUGUCUUUAUUGCUUUAGAAAAUGAGUUCUGUCAUGCAAUAGUCCUGCUGUCCUGCUAGGGAAAUGCUGCAGAUGAAAUAGCUUCAUAGAUUUUUUGCAGCAUGUUCUCAGCCUUCAAAAUGAGAGGACAGAUAGCUGUUUACCUAACACACCCUCCUGUCCUGUGCCUAAUUUGCUCUUCUCUGCCUUCUCACUGCAGUUUUAAAAUGUGAUUCUUUUCUCCAGAGAGCCACUAACAGCAUCUGAACCAGACUGUAAAAACACAAAAGCCUUCUGCUGAAAAUGAAUUGUAUACCCUGUGAUGACCUCAGUGUUUGGCCCUCUGUCAUUGGUCCUGUUGAGAAGUUUGUUUAACAAAUAGCCUGAAGCAGAUCCAGACAUGUUGGAGCUGAGCAAAGUCCAAAAGAAUGAGAAACAGCAUGAGAAGGAUUUGAAGAUUGGAUCAUAGAUGGGAUGUUAUUGUCUGCUGAUCCCAGGUUGUCUUUUGUUUGACAAAGCCCAUGCUUGUGUUAUAGGAAAACUAAAAUGGCAUGAACAAAAACAUUCAUCUGCCAACAGGGGAAGCAACUGGCUCUUUGAAUCCUGAUGUAAUUUAGACCAGUGUUAGCGUUCUUCAUUUAUUUCUCUUAUCAGACAAAAAAAAGCUUAAAAUAACAUUUUUAAACUUCCAGGCAAUGGUUUGGUUUCACCUUUCAGAGAUUAAAGAGAUGCAAUCAGACAGUUGACCAAAUAUGGAGUGUCUUUUGUCUCUUUUGCUUUAUAUUGAAAUCUAACAGGUUGGCCAGUCAUGGGGAUGUUGGUAAUGAAAACCAUCAUUUUUCCUUUUCAGGGUCGUUUGUAAAAAGGAGCCUCCUUUUAAAGCAUUAAUAGUAAUUGUUUCUUGAGUAUGUCAGUUGCUUGUUUCUGGCCAAAAAAUUUACAGAAAUCAGCAUCUUGAUCCUUUUAAAACAGAAGAUGGGAAUGUUUAAUUAAAGCACACUCUUUGGAACUGGAAUGGUAUUACAGUGUGGAUAAAAAAUUGCACAUCUGUAUUUCAGCCUUGAAAUGAACUAUACAUGCUGUUUGUGGACGAUGUUAGGGAGUGUGUGCCAGCUCCUCCAGCCUGUGCUCAGGAAGGGUGUGUUCUUUCAGACCACUCAGAGCUGACCGCUCACAGAAAAAGGACACUAAACGUUGAGGUUUGGUAGCUGCUAAAAGAGUGGGCAGAGGUCAGUUCCCUGGUCGACACAGCUGCCCUUUCACUGCCUGUAUAAUUAAAAGUAAAAGUGGCCCCUUUUGUCAUUCUGGGUCUUUAAAAUAUGCAAAUUGUCAUCUACUGUAUCCUCUCCUUGCAUGCAUUAAAACAUACAUUAACCAGCUUGAACCAAACUUGUAUCACUAUUUCAGAAACAUACUGUAGUUGUUUUUAAUAACAUAACAUCAUUUUACUAAUUGAUGUAACACAACAGUAAAGACGAGUGACUCCUGUCUUUGUGUUUUGGUUAAAGCUGCUGGCUGUGAUGGCUGUGAUGUGGAUAAUCAGGGCAGAUGUUUCAAUAUGACCCACUUCAAAUCAAGUAUACUCACCCCUCCCAUCUGCAUUACUCUCAAUUACUGUGCAUCACACCAUCUCCCUCUUACCUCAUGGAUGCCAUAACAGGGUGGAGGCAAAUCUCAGUAAUCACACAUGGAGGUUUAAUUUAUGAACUGCCACGCACGCCUUGACGCACGGCUUAAUUGAAUCAAAGGGUGGAGGGAAACGCUCAUGAACAAAAACAACAUGCUCCCUGCUCAGGACAUUUGGUUUGUCUCUUAAGGAACUUGCUGGAUGACGUAGUGUACUUCAGAUGGCUGAAGAGGACACCAGUGUUAUAAUGUGAUGGUUAAAGCAGGCCAUGCCAGUUUAAUGUCCCACACAGGCUGAACUCUAGGGUUUGGCGCGAGAUGUGCCCUCCCACACUCAGAACAAAAUGUAGGCACCAGACCAAAGUCAACUAACAUUUCACUGACAUAAGAGGAGUUGGGCACCAGCAUCCUGAAGGAUCAUUUAGAAAGCAAAUUUGCCAUAUUUCAUAUUUUUAAUCAUGUUUUUUCAGCCUUUAUACUGUAACUGUUUUAAUAAUGAACAACAAACUAUGUUAUAAGGUUAAGUAUCUUGUCUAUAAACUUGUAAGCUUUGUCUGCAUUUAAGUCAGUCUGCUCCAACACUGACAACAUUUUUAUAAUUACAUUCAAUUUCAGCAUAACACAUUGUAAUAUAAGGAUCAAAAUUGAAUUCAUUACAGUUAUUAUCAAGCCAUUUACUUCACAUCUUUGAGCUGCUCCCUGCUCCUUUUGUGACUUGAUUUGAUUAGAUAGUUUUUUUUUUUUUUAAAUACUCCAAAACUGCUUUAUCACAAACAUUUCCCCGACAGUGUACUUACAACCUCUGGACAGCCCUAAUCUCAUGUUUGCCUGUCCUCAGAUGCUUUAUUUUGCAACACAUUUAAAUCAGUCGAGCGUGAAAAUCUGUGCAGGGCAGAAAUUAGCAUCUCAGCCAUUUCCCAAUCAUAGUUAGAAAACCAAAAGUUAAUUGGCAGGUUUGAAUUUCAAGAUUUCAAAAUAUGAUCUGAACUUAAGGCUUAACGAUAAACCGAAAAUUUACCGAUACCAAAAUUUGGUUUUGGAUAUGUGUGGGUAGGCCAUGGUUUUAUGUCCCUUUGAGAUGCUGAUUCCACCCCAUUCAGUCCGUAACAAAGAGGGAAAGACAGGUGAGGAGAUGGAGGACGAUUCAAAAGUUGUAGCAGCUGAAGUAGACAAAGUUAAUGUGGGAGGGGGUGAGCACCUUGUGGAAAGUUAUCAUCCAUUUAUCAUUAUAGAGGUGAACUGCUCAAUAUAUUGUGAUACUGAUUUAAAGCCAUAUCGCCCAGCCCUGUCUGAACUCUAAUAUUAAUGCACUGGAGGGGAACUAGGAGGUCAUGUUGUUUAAUUUGAAUCAGGUGUGAACAACAGGAACUGGAAAACAGGUGACUUUAGGGUGGAGAAAGGACCAUUAUACACAAUAUAGAUUCAGGAGAGAAUUUUAUGGUGCAUUUAUUGAGAAACUGAAGGUAGAAUGCACAAAACUUUUUUGACUUAGAAUUUGAUUAUAUUUCUGUUACACACACAGGCUGACUGUACAACAGAAAACAAGAAAUGCCCUCUCUCUCCAUUUGGUUUCGGAAAAUAGAUUUCAAAAAUGGCCCUUGCUGGUGUAUCUGGAAAGCAAACAUUAUUCUACACUGGCAACCUUAAAACAGAUUUGAACUAGUUUGGUACCAAAAUAGCUUCACUAAAUUUACUCACACGUAUUUAUACCUGUUUGUCAGUUUUUAAGCCAGCCAAGCGGUCUUGAACACAUUUGUUUAAGCCAAUAGGUAUAUAUUUAUAUACUUAUAUUUAUAAAUUCAGCGAGUGUAGUAGACCCACAUCACAGUCUUAGUAUAGAUGUACCAGCAGGUAUGCCCUUACCACAUUCAGGAACUAAGGAUAAACCAGGAGCGUGUGGUUUUUGGCAUGUGGCUCAAAAAGAGCAAGAUGUCAAUAAAAAACACCCCAAACUUUAAAACAAAGUCUACCUAACCCAGUUUGCUUACUAUAUGGUGAGCACUUUUUAUUGGUUUUGACAGUCCCAUCUUUCCAGCUCUACAGGUUUGCAUUGUUUUUUUCCUCAUACUGUACAUUAUUGGCUGUAACUCACAAGGCCAACAUUAAAUAUUCAAAAGCAAACAGCUAUGUCACAUUUGGCUGAUUGAGCACUGAGCCUGUAAACUGUAAAUGUUGCUCUUCUGAAAGCUCUUGACAGACUAUGGUGCUGUUGCCAGGGGAAAAAAAAGCUUUGGUGUAAUGUUUCAGUGGACACAGAGGAGGAUAUAAUGCUCAUAUCAUUACCUCACAACACGCUGACCUCAUAUUUCUUCUUUUGCACAGAUGUGUGGUACAAUGUGAUCUCACAGCAGCCCGGAGGGUCAGCUGGAGGGGACAGUCAUCCUCAUAGGGCUCAGAGGUCCCUUCCAGGCCAGGCUGUCCAAGGUGGAGGACUUACCAUUGAUACCCUGCCAAACAACAUGACACGCGUAGUGGUGAGUGCUGCACCACACUGUUUGCCAUUACAGCAACAGGCGUGACAUUUAUUAUGCCUCUGCCUUUGUUAUUUUUGUUUGAGCUGAAGUUAAACGCUGCCCUCUUUUGGAAAAAAAAACAACACUUUUUCACUCUUUCACUUGGAGAAUAAAUGACAUCAUAGGAUUUUACUUUUAUCAGAGUGAACUUUUAAUGCCUCAGUGACACACUCCCUGAACACAAUCACUCCAUUACAACCUCUAAUUCCGAUGUUUUUCUUCCUGUUAGGAGGAUUCUGGCAAGUAUUACACAUGGCGUAGCUACGGCCCAGAGGACCAGCGCACACAGGAACUCUGGGUAGACAUGAACGACGUUCGACAUGGACAAGUGAGGGUCCAUGGCAUCCUGUCAAACUCAUACAAGCAGGCCGUGGUGAGUCACACACAUGUAAAAUGACCACAAACCCUCAUUUAAGUAUUAUUAUGGCCGAAAUUUUUAAUUAAGCCACAGGUUUAUUUUUAAACGCUAUUUUUAAGAAUGUCUUAAAUAACUUUGAUUGGGUGACAGUUAAUUUUAAUCUGGUUUUAUGGUCAUAGGACACAGAGAAAAAAGAAAACAAAGGGGAGGGGGGGAGUCCUCGGCAAUAAUGUCAUUAAAUCAACACAUCUUUGACAACGCUCUAACAAAAUGCACUGCAGCAAAGAUACUUCUGUUUUGUUCAAAACAGAAGUAUCUUUGUUUAAAGGUAAGAAACAUCCUGAAAAAAAAACUGAUAUAUGUCAGAAUGCUCGCUCAUUAUUUGUUUAGUAUCAGCAUUUUCUUUUGUCUGUGUAUUUGAUAUCGAAGUAAUGAAGUUGGGGAUGUAGUUUAGUGGUAGACUCUUGGUCUGUAGAUCAGAAGGUUCCUGCUUCAAAUCUUAAUACUUCUUGCGUACAAUAAACACUUUAUUUGCACCAUGUUUGCAACACUGAAACAGUUGCACCGAAUUCCUUAAGAAAAAGUUAGAUCUUUUUAAAGAAGAGGGGACUUAAACUGAAGAGGGAAGACAGAAUUAAAGACUUCAUUAAUAGUAAAGGGAGGAAAAGUUUGUGUAAAUUGAACUUGAUAUAAGCAAUUCCCAAUCAAUCCAAUAUAAACAUAGGUACAAAAAAAGUUUUUUUCACAAGAUGAUGAGAGAGGUAGGGCCCAGGUUUUACAUUUAUUCAUAUACCAGUAGACCUGAACAUGGAUAUUACAAUUUAGAUUAGUAGUAUGCAAAUAGAUACGUCAGCAUGUCUAUACUUUUGUGAAUGAAUGUCUGUUACAAGUCAGUGGACUCUACACUAAAGUAUUAGACUAAAAAAUCCUCGGUCUGAUGUUACUCUUGGCUCCGCUCUCAGGAGUUGAUUAAACGCUGCCGCUCUAGCUGUCUGAUAGAGCUAAAUGAUUUGUGAUAAUCAAUGCAAUUAACAGAAGUAAAAGACUGACAGCUUGAUGCACUUUAAAGUUAGGUUUUGAAUAAACUGAGCUGCUCCUCUGCGUGCUGCAAACAUACCUGACUGAAUUUCUAUAAAAUUUCAACACCUUAACAAAGACAUGUUAGCUUACUUACAGCUUUGGUUUUAAUUAAACUGAACUUUAUUCAAUAUGAGAUUUUGGUCUGUUUAUGAACAUAUUCAUCUUAAUCUUAUUCAACAUUUUGAUCUCUCUUUUUUAACAUUUUAACAUGUUUUAAAAAAAACCUUAAAAACCAAUGGUAUUGAUAUCCUGAAAUUAAAAAAUCUCAGGAUAUCAAUAAAGGUGCUACUGACUGUGAUUAGCAAGCGAAUAAUGGAGUGGGAUCAAGUAGCUUUAUAUUUCUGUCUGUGUUUUGAUCUGCACAGGGGUGAUCUCUCAAACAGUAUUUAACUGCAGAUCAGAAGGCCAACAGCUCAAGUCUGAGUGCCGUCUAGUUGUGUAUUUUUUAGUGUUUUAUCAACAGUGGAUUUUAGUUUCAAUUAUGAAAACCAACACUAAACUGUUUCAAAGAAGCCGGGACUUGUCAGUUUGAAUCUACAGUACAUGCCUGCCUGAUUCUGUUAGUUGCUGGCAGGUCUUCACCUCUCCUGUUCAACACCUGGCUUCUACACAAGCCACACAGCUCACAUUAACAAGAUUUGGUGGAACAAAUAGUCCUGUUCUCUCAGAAACCAAGGGUUAUUACAAAGAAACUGGAUUGGGUGUUCACAGAAACAACUAAAACUGCACCUUAGGGUAAAAACUUUAUUCUAGGGUAAUGACUUUUAUCAUGGGUUUGAGUUGGAUAUGUUUGCUCAGUUGAUCUUUAUACUUAUCAUGACAGCAUUAAGAUUCAUUAAUUUGAUUUAAUGUUGUUGUUGGGGUUUUUUUUUGCAAUUUGUCUAUUUCUAAACAUAACAAUGUGUGUGGGGGUAUAGCUCAGGGGUAGAGCAUUUGACUGCAGAUCAAGAGGUCCCCAGUUCAAAUCUGGGUGCCCCCUUGUUCGCUCCAGACUGGAAUAUGAGUCCAGCCAUUAUCACAGAGGGUGGUAAUAGACCAGUAAAGUGCUGGUUUGUGUGAAUGUUGAAGUUUGUUGUUAAUGUGUGCUCUUGAGUAAAUUGUUUAAAAGUCAACAGAACUCAGAGAAACAGACUGAUUUUGGAACAACUGAUGAAGCAACAGGGUUUAUCCAAAUGUGAACUUCCAGUGAGAGACAACAAAUUCUGUUGCCCAAGCACAAACCAACUUUUUCGAUUUCCUUUCAGUACAAAAAAAAAAGAACUGAAUACUCCAACUUCAUGACUUAAAAUCUCCCUUCAGAAGAUCAGUCAGUUCAAAAUAAACUAAGUUUACCUAAUAAACAUGGCAAAAAAAUGGAUACUAAAACAUAUCUUCUCUGCCUGUUUUUACCCCUUUUCCCUGCAGAGAGUUGCCUUGUCAUUCGCCUUCCCUUUUUAUGGGCAUUACCUGAGGCAGAUCACCAUAGCAACAGGAGGUACUCUUCCUUUUUAUAACAGAUGUUCAAGUGACCUUAACUACAUAUUUUCGGAGUACAGGAGUGUAACAGGCUACUCAUGCUGCACAUCUAACAUGUUUUCCCAUCUGGUCAUGUUUUAGGGUUCAUCUUUACAGGAGACAUCACACACCGUAUGCUGACCGCUACACAGUACAUCGCCCCUCUAAUGGGUAACUUUGACCCCAGCUACUCCAAAGACUCCACAGUGCAGUACCUGGAUAAUGGUAAAAUGCUAACAAAUGUUGAAGCAUGUCUCACUUCUGAGAUGUACUGGAUUAUCCGCAUUGUCUGACUAGUGUUGGAUAUCUGCUGUUUGCAGGUGAGGUGUUUGUGGUCCAGUGGGAGCAGGUCAGGCUCCCCGGAAAAGAGUCAGCAGGAGCCUUUACGUUUCAGGCUGCGCUUCACAAAUCAGGAACCAUUACCUUCAGCUACAGAGAUGUGAGAAACACCCCCCUCUUUGGUCUCAUAUUCACUUUCUAAACCUCUUCUCUAUCUAAUCCCUAUUCCUCUUUUGACUUGUUUAUCAGAUUCCUCUGUCGUUAGAUCUUAUCAGCUCAGCUGACCAUCCUGUAAAGGCCGGUUUGUCUGAUGCCUUCAUGGUCACUACACCUUCCUCUCCAUCUCAAGGUCAGAAAUGAUGCUUUUGUCUGUAGUGAACUCUCGUGAACACACUGACAUAUUGAACUCUGUGAUUUUUCUGACACAGACGGGGAAAGGCGGACCAUUUACGAGUACCAUCGGGUCGAGAUUGACACAACUAAGAUCACCAAUUACUCUGCUGUUGAGUUCACUGCACUGCCAAGUAAAGGAUCCUCAUCUAUCACAGUAUUGGAUCACAUUAGCUUAAAUAUUUACUGCCCUAUUUUUCUCAGAUGAAAUAUCACUUAUUAAUCUUUGUAGGAUGUACGACUGUUACUUGGAAUUUGCAAUUACUAAAGUUUAUAUCUGGAGACUUGCUAGGGUAGACCGAAGAUGGUUGUAACUAUUUUUGCUUCAGCACCUGUUACUCACUACAUUUUUUUAGCUCAAAGUUUUCGCAUUUGUAUACCAAAAAAUUUGAGCCAAAAGAAUAAAAUACAAAAGGGAAUCCUGUGGGAGAAUAUCAUACACCUUGUGAGGUGAUCCUUAUGUGACUAAUAGCCAAAAUAUGCAAAAGCAGAGACCACAACAUGUGAAAGAGGUUUGCUAAAGUAAAACAAAAGCGAUUGAAUGAUUCCGCUUUUCCUGUGAGUGACCACAACUUUGAUCUACUUUCUGUUUGACUCAGACGUGUGUGUGUGAACGUGUUGGAGUGCAUCAACUAGUCUUCCUGAGCAGAAUCUUUUUUUUUUUUUGCCAUGUUAAAAAUCAACCUCACUUAUCAACCAGUUCAGUGAGCUGUAUCAGUUUAGUGGUUUGAAGAUAGACUGUAAAGAAUUCAUGACAUUUUGCCUGAAAACUACAAUUUAACUCAAUAUAUCAUGAGAUUUUAUUGGCAAUAGUGUGAGUACAAAACAAAAUACAGAGAUUAAAAAUAUUUACUUUAACUUUACUUUCAUACAUCAAAGUCUGUACAAACAAGACAAAGCCUCAAAAAUCAUCUUCACCUAACUGAAAUGAUCAUGGGACUUCUGGCUAAAAUGGUCAUAUUGCAACUCUUCUCUUGUUACAAUCAUCCCCGGUCUCCCCUACAUUUUUCUUUGAAUGAUAAUAUUAGCACGGAUAGGUUGACAUGUUUAUAUGUGUCCUAACCAACAAUUUUUUAUUAACUGACUUCUGUAUUUCGGACACCCCUGCAACCUAACCCGUGCAAGGAUUCUGAGUGACUUCUGAGUGAUUGCUUCUGUAUUUUCCAUUUUUAGUCACUAAUUUAUUAGAUUUAAGCUUGUCUUUAGAUAUACUGCUAUGAUCAGUGGUAUUCGCCAUAAAAAAGGAUGAAUAAAGCCUUUCUCAUCUUAUACAGAAAUACUUUUUUCUUUCUUUCUGUUCAGCCUGCCUGCAACAUGAAAGCUGUGAACUCUGCCUCUCUUCAAACCAAACCUCUGGCUGCAGCUGGUGCAAUGUGCUGCAGAGGUGAGUGCAGUGUUGGCCGAGUACAGAUAAACUUAAAUUCGGUGCAGUUUGAACCUUGAGUUACAAACAUGCUGUGUGUUUUAGGUGUUCUGAUGGCAUGGACAGACACAGACAAGAAUGGCUAGACUAUAGCUGUUCAGAGGAGGUACUGCUGAUCACCAGGAGUGAAUAUCUGGUUGUUUGCUGUCUGAGACUUACAAAUGUUUUUGUUACUUAGAGUGAAGAUGGAGCCUGUGAUGAGUACUCUAGGGUCGACAGCUCUACUAGUUCCUCUAUCAUACCGGAAAUUGAGAAUGAGACCCCUCUGACUCCCCUACAGAAAGGCUGUAUAAGUGAUGGUGGGUCAAGAUACUAUUUCCUGUUGUAUAAUGAUUAAACUGCAACAUGUUUUUUUAAGUGCCAUGAAAUUUAUAAAAAAGUGAAUGCAUGCUCUUCCCUUUCAGAUGAGACCAAACAUCAUAUAUUUAAGACAGGAAAUGGUGAGUUCAUACUUGAGAAAAAAUGUGUUCGGUUCUAUGAAAGGGUACAACCAAUAAUCUUUCUAUUACACAGAUGUGAGGACAGAUUCUUCAUCCAGGGGUGACGUGUUGGCAAACACAGGAGUGAUAGCGGGUAUAGCAGCUGCACUGGUGUUACUUUUGGCUCUGAUUCUUGUCGCUCUUUACAUUAACUAUCAUCCUACUUCUGCAUCACCACUGUACCUCAUCCAGGUGAGCACUGAGUGUGUCCUACACCUGUCCUGACAGAAGCAAGACAUGCCUUUACUGUAUCACAUUGUUACAUCAUGUUUUUUUGUUUUUUGUAGCGUCGAAAGAACUACUGGCCUUCCUUGAAGUUUAAGAAGCCGCAGCCUGGUUACACAGAAGUGGAGGGCGAAGGUCAUGAAAAGGCCUGUAUUGUUGAAGCUGGGCCAUGUUGAAGUUACUGAUGGAAACACAAGAGACUAGAAUGAACCCAGUUUAUACAUUUUUAAUCACACUCUUAUGCCCAAAACAAGUCAGCCUUUACAUUCUGUAUAUAAGUUUUUUAAGCAACCCGGGGUUCCAAUAAAAAGACGAACUUAUUGCAACUGUUGAGGUUGGUAAGUUUUGUUUGAUAUCAAAUUGUUUCAAUAGAAGUGAUCAUUUCUGCUGGAAUAAAUUAUUCAUUUUAAAAUGUGACCAAAUAUGACUGCAAUAAAGUGCAAAACAAUUCUGAAAACCCCAAA